AGAUUGGUUUCUGGAGACUUCUUGGGAAGGCUUGCUGAUCCUGUUCCUUUCCCUUCCAGGCCUAAAACAUGUUUAAUAUUCAUUCCUCCAUAUCCAAAUCACCAACAAGUAGCAGACCAAGUUUGGUUGCAUAUAAAUUCCCUUCUUCUAUGAUUGCGAGGUGCUAAAACCUCUUGGGUACCAUAAUUUGUCGACCAGAAAAAUUUGGUGAGAAGCUGUGUUGUGGUUUUGGUGGUCUUGUCUUUGUGCCAAGUUUGGUUUUUGGUUCAAAUUAAGCAAUCGAAGAAUGGAAGAGAAAGGCAAUGACUUUUAUGCUGUUAUGGGGUUGAAGAAGGAAUGCUCUGACUCGGAGCUCAGGAAUGCUUAUAAGAAACUUGCACUGAUAUGGCACCCAGAUCGUUGCUCUGCCUCAGGAAAUUCAAAGUUCGUGGAAGAAGCCAAGAAGAAGUUUCAGGACAUUCAACAAGCCUAUUCUGUUCUGUCCGACGCCAACAAGAGGUUUCUGUACGAUGUAGGAGCUUAUGAAAGUGAUGAUGACGAAAAUGGAAUGGGUGAUUUUUUAAACGAGAUGGCGGUGAUGAUGAGCCAGACUAAGCCGAAUGAAAAUGGAGGAGAGAGCUUCGAACAAUUGCAGGAGCUCUUUGAAGAAAUGUUUCAGGGGGAUAUUGAGGGCUUUAGCUCCUGCUCUCAGCCUCCUACUUCCUGUUCUACUUCCUCAUCUUCAUACGCAUUGUACUGUGAAAAUUCUACUCCCAGUAACAAACGUAAUUCCUCCGCAAUGAAUUAUGGCAACGCAACCCUGGACAGUUCUGGUUUUGAUGCUCAUUUUCACAAUUUCUGUGUAGGGGUGAGUGCUCUUGCCUUAAUGUUAUCAGUUUCAAUACGAUGCCCAAAUUUAUUAUGUGUCCUUUUUGAAGCUGGUGAAGGCUUGUCCUUGAAUAUAUGAGAAACAUGGUUAUUCCAGUUAAAGUCUUGCAUUAUAAUAUCUUUGAACCGAUUUUACAAAGACAAGAAAAACAUUUUUGUAUUUAGAAUAUAACCAUACUGCUGUGAUAACUCUACUCCCUUUUCCUUUUUGUUCUUCGGUUUAAUUUUUUAUGCUUCAUAUUCAUCUAAUUGUGAUUGAUAAUGUGAAGACAGGCGGGAAGCCAGCAAAGGAUCGGGAAGGGGAUGCCAGGAAGAGAAAGGAUUCCAGGAGGAGUAACCGGUAGGCGAAGGGAGGGCAGG